GGUGCCCUGGCCAACGGGAGCACGGAGAGCAUUGUGGCAGCAGUGCUGGAGGUAACUGUCAGUCAGAAGAGCCUGCACACAGUUCGGGUCCGUGCACCUUCCUUCCCCGAGCAGGAGGGUCCCCACAGGGGUGGCCCAAACCAUAGCUGCCAGGAUGCCCAGCAGAACAGCCCGCUAUGCCCGCUACAGCCCAAGGCAGCGGCGCCGGAGGCUCCUGGCUGAUCGCAGUGUGCACUUCCCUAAUGACGUCCUGUUCUUGGACCACAUCCGCCAAGGCGACCUGGAGCAGGUGGGGCGCUUCAUCCGGACUCGGAAAGUCUCCCUGGACACCAUCUACCCCUCGGGCCUGGCUGCCCUUCAUGAAGCGGUGCUUUCUGGAAACCUCGAGUGCGUGAAGCUGCUAGUCAAAUACGGGGCAGACAUUCAUCAGCGAGACGAGACAGGCUGGACACCCCUGCACAUCGCCUGCAGUGACGGAUACCCUGAUAUAGCCAGGUACCUCAUUUCCCUGGGGGCGGACAGAGAAGCGGCGAACGACGAUGGAGAUCUGCCUUCAGACCUCAUUGACCCGGAAUUCAAGGACUUGGUGGAGCUAUUCAAAGGGACUAAGAUGGACUGAGCCCAGCCCUGCCCUCCCAGGGCGCUAGCUCUGCCUGGAGAAGUCAGGUGCCCAUCUCCCCCGGAAGCCACCACCAGCUGGGCUAUGGGCCGGCCAGACUGGCCGGGACCCCACACAAGGGCAAAAGCCCCUCCCCUCUCCCAACCGCGGCCUGGGUUUUUCUUCGGGUGAAAUUUUUUUUUUUUUAUUGCUAUACUUUUUACUUUUUCAAUAAACGUGAUUCCUAAGCCCGUG